GAAGAGGAAGAAAGGAGGUCUCUUGCUAGAGCCAGAUGAGAAAGAGGAAGAAAAGGCUCAGCAGAAUGAAGAGGAGGAGGAGGAAGCGGAUAAUGUAGAGCAGGUGGAAAAAAGAAAAGAAGAAGAAAUAAAAAAGAAAGAGGAUGCUCUUUGGGCCAGUUUCCUCAGUGACGUGGGACAGAAACCCAAAGCAGCAGCUCCGACUCAGGCUGAGAAGGCUGAAGGAGAGAAGAGCGGGAACAAGCUUCAGGAGAAACCAGAAGAGUCAGGAAAAGUGACUAUCACCAAAAUGUUUGAUUUUGCUGGUGAGGAGGUCAGAGUGACUAAAGAAGUGGACUCAACCUCAAAAGAAGCUAAAGCUUUUCUGAAGCAGCAAGAGAAAUGGCAGUCUGCAGCUCCAGCUUCCCUCCCAACAGUCUCUGGGGUGAAGAGGCCAAGUGGUAUGAGCAGCCUCCUGGGGAAAAUUGGCUCCAAAAAGCAGAAGAUGAGCACACUGGAGAAAUCUAAACUGGACUGGGAGAACUUCAAGGAGGAGGAGGGGAUUGUGGAGGAGCUGGCAAUCCAUAAUCGAGGGAAAGAUGGGUACAUCGAGAGGAAAGCAUUCCUGGAGCGUGUGGAUCACAGGCAGUUUGAAAUCGAACGUGAUCUCAGACUGAGCAGGAUGAAGCCCUAAGUGCUGUGUAUGGCUGCAGGGGAUCCUGCUCCCUUCUGUGCCCGAGUGCUGGCUGGGGGCUGCCAGCCACCGCUGGACCACCGAGCACGGAAACGUUCUCUACCCAAGACUCAGCCUGUAUGGCUCAAUGUACAGGCUUUUCCUUUUACUGCAAUAGUUUGGGGAGGGUAUUUGUCAGUGGGCAGGGGGCACUUUGAGGGUUAAAUGGCCCAGAAGGUGAUAGAAGUACGUGAUUCUGCCAGCAGCUUUCCAUGGAGAAGAUAUGGUGGCACCCAUCCUUUGCCAGCCCUAGCUGCUUCUGGCAGUAGGAGGAACCACCAAGGCUAGGAGGGUGCUGGAAUAUUCAGCUCUGAGAGUGGAGCUGCAGGGAGGUUUAAUGGGUGCUGUGCAUACACAAGAUGUAUGCUAGAGCCCUUCUCCCCGCCCUGCCAGCCCCACAGCCUCUCUGCCCCACCACGCUGUGCUCUUGCCCGGGCAAAGCCGAACUGUCUCUACUUGCUUGUGGGGUCUGAUGAUGCUGUGGAGGGGUUAAGCAAGCCGAUGAAGAAAUCCUUCCUUGUUCAUGCUGUCAAGAAGAUGGGAGCAGCUGCAGCAGGCAGGAUGGGCCAGGAUCUGAGCAUUCACAUGAAUAAAGUAUUCCACCC